AUGGCCGCUGAUGUUUCAGUAAAGAAGAAAGCCACAGUGAGCAAUCCAUGCUGCAAAGUGUGGAAGGAGAAGUGUGGGAAGUUGGAAGAAGGAAGGAAGUGUUUGAGGCAAGCAGUUAAGCUUUUGACUGAACAAGCUGAUAAGUUUCAGGCUGAGAAUGUUAGUCUCAAGAAAGUUUGUGAGGAAGAGAGAGCGAAGUUGGAAGCUGAGAAAGUGGGGACAGAGAAAGAUGUGACUUUGAGAGUUACGUUGGAGAAUGAGAUUUCUGCCCUCAAGUCUGAAAUAUUCACCUUACAGCAGAAGGGAAGUGCAGAUGCAGGAGAUAAAAAUGGGGAGGUUAAGAUGCUUCAAGAUCAGGUAUUUGAAGGAGAUAAGGAAAUCAGGAGGCUCAAGGAGCUUCUUGAGAGACAGAAAAGAAGAGCAGAUUCUGAAAAGAAGAAUGCUGAGGCAGAGAAGAAGAGUCCUAAUGAGGCAUGGAAACAUGUGAAAGCUGAGGAAGAGGCGAAAGAGAAAGAAGCGGCUUAUAUAGUUUCAUUGGAAAAUGAGAUUUCUGCCCUUAAGUCUGAAAUAUGCACCUUACAACAGAAGGGAAGUUCAGUUGCAGAAGAAAAAAAUGGGGAGGUUAAGCUUCUUCAAGAUCAAGUUUAUAACGGGGAGAAGGAAAUCAGCAGGUUCAAGGAGCUUCUUGAGAGAGAGAAAACAAGGGCGGAUUCUGAAAAGAAGAUUGCUGAGUUGGAGAAGAAGAGUGCUGCUGAAGCAUGGAAACAUGUGAAAGCUGAAAAAGCUAAGGCUGAUGAGGAGCGGAAGCAUGCUAGUAGUGAGGGGAAGAAGGCUGAGGAAUAUCGGCUUCAGUUGGAGACAUUGAAGAAAGAAGCUGAGUUAGCAAAAUCAAAGUUGGCUUCUGAAACUUUGAAGUUUGAAGAAGCAAAGAAGAAGUUCGAAGCAGAAAAACUCAAGGUGACCAAAGAGAAAAAGCAUGCUGAUUCAGAGAUAGCAAAAGCAGAGGUUCAGAGAAAGCUUGCAGAAGCAAACAGGAAGAAGCUCGUUGAAGAGAAAUCUCACUCUGAAAAUCUUUCCAAGCAGUUAGAAGAUGCCCGACAAAGAAUUGAGGAACUACAGAAGGCUGAGCUAUAUCAGCUUCAGUUAGAGUCUUUAAAAAAGAAACUGCUGAAUCAAAAUCAAAGUUGGCUUCUGAGACUCUGA